AUGGCAGCUCUCCCGCAGUUCGAUUACAUCUUUGCUAUAGCCACACUAUUUGCUUUCCUCGACGCCUGGAACAUCGGUAAGCUGCUGUCCCUCCCAGUCAGUGCCAACGAUGUUGCCAACUCCUUCGCGACCUCGGUCGCUUCCCGCUCGCUCACUCUCAAGCAAGCCAUGUGCAUCGCCUCUGUAAUGGAAUUCGCGGGUGCAAUGCUUGUCGGUUCGCGCGUCACAGACACCAUCCGAACCAAGGUCAUCUCGACCUCGUUGUUCGAGUCUGAUCCUUCCGUUCUCAUGCUCGCCAUGACCUGUGCCAUCGUCGGUUCCGCUACCUACCUUACAAUCGCCACUCGCUUCACUAUGCCUGUUUCGACCACGCACUCCAUCAUGGGUGGCGUGAUUGGUGUUGGUAUUGCUUCGGCCGGUACACAGGGUGUCAACUGGUCCUUCAAGGGUGUUUCGCAGGUUUUCGCUGCCUGGGGUAUUGCUCCUGGUAUCUCGGCUUGUUUUGGUGCUAUCAUUUUCUUGAUCACGAAGCAUGGUGUUAUGCGUCGCAACAACCCAGUGAAGAAGGCCUUUAUCAUGGUUCCACUGUACUGUCAGUUCUCCUCAGGUCUUCGAUCUUCAACACUCUUCCUUACUUCGUUCUUGUUGGCCCUCCUUAUUGUCUGGAAAGGUGGCUCGGCGAAGAUCAAGCUUUCUGACGAGCAGUCUGUCGGUGUCGCCUUCGGUGUUGGAGCUGGUGUCGCCAUCAUAGUUGCUACAUUCUUUAUUCCAUUCCUCCACCGCAAAAUCAUCGUGGAAGACUGGGAGCUCAAGAGCUGGGAAGUGAUCAAGGGUCCUCUUCUGCUACGUCGCCCACAGCCAACUCCCAGACCCGAGGGUGUUCCCGGUAUUCGCGACUUCUACGCGGGCCACUUGACCGCUGAAGAACUUGAGGCCAAGCGUGCCGCUGAAGCAAGCGCAGUUUCCGACGACGUCGAGAAAGGCGCUGCUAGUAGUUCCGUUAAUGUCAAGGGUGACGGCAGUGACUCUGACAUCACUCCGCUUCCAUCUGUCUCCCCAGCACACGUUGCCAAAGCCGAUCGUCAGCUCUCCAAGCCGAAGAAGUGCCCUCCCCCAGGCCCCUGGUACACCCCAGCUGUCGCCUGGUACUGGAUCAAGUACGCCGCUCUCCACGGUGUCGAGCAGGAUGUUGUCGACCAGCAAAAGCACCGCGACUUUCUCUCCGGCGACAUUGAAAAGGUUCACGCCACUGGCGAGCACUAUGACAACCGUGCCGAAUACACCUACUCUUUCCUCCAGGUCCUCACUGCCUCAACCACGUCAUUUGCCCAUGGUGCUAACGACGUUUCAAACGCUAUCGGCCCUUAUACUACCAUUUACUUCAUCUGGUCCACAGCGAAGAUCAGUACCAAGGUACCUGUUCCUCUUUGGAUCCUCGCUUUCGGUGGUGCUGGCAUUGUUGUCGGUCUUUGGACAUAUGGAUACAACAUCAUGCGCGCGCUUGGUAACAAGAUCACUCUGCACUCGCCCGCGCGUGGUUUCUCCAUGGAGCUCGGUGCUGCGAUUACAAUCAUCAUGGCCACUAAACUCGCGCUACCCGUCUCGACUACACAGUGCAUUACUGGAGCUACAGUUGGUGUAGGUCUCUGCAAUGGCACCUGGAGGACGAUUAACUGGCGCAUGGUUGCUUGGAUCUACUUUGGCUGGUUUAUCACCUUACCUUCUGCCGGUAUCAUUUCUGGGUGCUUGAUGGGUAUUGUGCUUAAUGCUCCUCGCUGGGGUGGUGGUGUGUAG